AUUCGCUUUAAUUGUACUGAGAUUCUACAAAACUAACUGAAUCAGAUAUCCCUAUCACUGCUGAGAUUGUCACUUUAUUAAGUAUUUAUUCAUAAACAGACUUCAUAAUUUCCUUAUGUAUUUUUAGUGUUCAGAGGAGUUCCAGGAUUACAUCAUUCUUUAUCUAGUAUCCAUUUCAAUUUGCAUCCAGGAUUCUCUUUCAAAAUAGACUUAUGCUAUGCGAUUCCAAUACACUAGAAGACUUGGAAGACACUAGAUAGAGUGGUCUUACCCAAAGCAGUAAGACCUCCAAAGACAAAGCAUCAGAAUGCUUCAAUUAACUGAGGGAAAAGAGAAGAAUUUUGAAGUUUCAGAAAGUGUCAGAAGGCCAGGACUGUGGAAAGAGAUUUCCUUUGGGGAUUACAUUUGUCACACAUUUCAGGGAGACUGCUGGGCUGAUCGAUCCCCACUUCAUGAAGCUGCGGCCCAGGGGCGCUUACUGGCCCUUAAAACUUUAAUUGCACAAGGCGUCAACGUCAACCUCGUGACAAUUAACCGGGUCUCUUCCCUCCAUGAGGCGUGUCUUGGCGGUCACGUGGCCUGUGCGAAAGCCUUAUUGGAAAAUGGUGCACACGUCAAUGGAGUGACGGUUCAUGGAGCCACGCCCCUCUUCAACGCUUGUUGCAGUGGCAGUGCGGCAUGUGUCAACGUGCUGCUGGAGUUCGGAGCCAAGGCCCAGCUCGAGCUGCACCUGGCUUCACCCAUCCAUGAGGCAGUGAAGAGAGGUCACAGAGAGUGCAUGGAGAUUCUGCUGGCAAAUAAUGUUAACAUUGACCAAGAGGUGCCUCAGCUGGGAACACCCCUGUAUGUAGCCUGCACUUACCAGAGGGUAGACUGUGUGAAGAAGCUUCUGGAAUUAGGAGCCAGUGUUGACCAUGGCCAAUGGCUGGACACGCCCCUCCAUGCUGCGGCACGGCAGUCCAAUGUGGAGGUCAUCCACCUGCUAACUGACUACGGGGCUAAUGUGAAACUCAGAAACGCACAGGGCAACAGUGCACUCGAUCUGGCAGCUCCAAAAAGCGGUGUGGAGCAGGCACUCCUGCUCCGUGAAGGACCGCCUGCUCUUUCUCAGCUCUGUCGCCUGUGUGUCCGGAAGUGCUUGGGCCGAGCAUGCCAUCAAGUCAUCUACCAGCUACGUCUACCAGAGCCACUGGAAAGAUUCCUCCUAUACCAAUAGUUCCGACUACCCAGGGGCAGUUACUUCAAAAUAAGAGGCUUGCUGUCGCUGUACCCAGGGUACUUAGUGUAGGUGCCCAACACCUGGAUUCUCGGUAUCCUCCAAUGCGUUCAGCCAGUAGGAGUAGAUCCCCAUGAAAUGGGACAUGUGGGGAGUGGUAACUCCUGGUUAAUUUAACGUUUUCAUUAACCAAGGGACAACCAUAAACCUUUUAGUUUAAUCUCGUGGUGAUAAAUUUAAUAACACUGUGAAGUAGAGUGAAAAUAACAGGCUACUGUUGGUGAUACAGCUUCCUGUGUGCCCAAGAGUCACUUUCCUGGACACUGCAUAGACACAUGGAAAUUCAAGUGGAUGAGAUUAUAAUGAAUAUUAAGUAGUCCAAGAUGUGUUUCUGAUUUAGUUCCCUCUUCUAUUUCCUUUAUCAAUCUUUUUCCUUGAAUAAAUCUAUGCUAUAAUUUUGA